GAACAAAUAUAAUUUAAAAAAAAGACAUAUAGAACGUGGAAGCUUCUGAGGCUUUCAGAAAUAUAACACGACGUUUUGAUGCAAAAUGGACAAAAUAGCCUUCCCCACGAAAUACACGAAAGUGGUUUUACUGUCACACAACUACACUCUGAAACAGUCAGCUGACUGAACCAAACAGCAGCGCUGGACUUGCAACAGGAAAUACAUGAAAUACUGCUCAUUCAUACUCAGCUGUGACCAUGAAGAAGAACAAAGGCAAAUCGGCCAGUGCUGCUGAGAAAGAGUUUGUGUUUGAGUUCAGGGCAGGAAAACACAACUGUGUCCUCAAAGUGCCUCUGAAGUUCCCUGUUCAAGAGAACAUCAGCGACCUUCAUGGACGCCUGAUGCUGCUACAUAAAAUACCCUGCUAUAUAGAAAAUGAGCUGAAAACCUUGCUUUCCAACUUCAUUGAAACCGAGACCAUCCUGGAUUAUGACAGAGAGGCAGAGCUUGCCCUGCAGAGACUCACUACAGGAGAAGUAGAUGUAAACCAGCUCACCAAUGCAUGGACCAGGUCUUAUGUGGAGACUACACUGGAACAUGCCCGGCCCGAAGAGCCCAGUUGGGAUGAGGACUUUGCCGAUGUUUACCAUGAGCUGAUCCACUCCCCUGCCUCAGAUACUCUACUCAACCUGGAGCACAACUACUUUGUUAGCAUCUCUGAGCUCAUCAGUGAAAGAGACAUGGAGAUUAAGAAGCUUCAGGAGAGACAAGCAGCUGAAAUGGACAAGGUGAUGCACGAGCUGGGGAACACUUUGAGUGACCAGGAUGUAAAUGCAGUGGCCUCUCAGCACUUUGAUGCACAGCAGGUGCUGGAAAACAAGUGGGCCAGUGAGCUAAAGCAAGUUACUGGCAUUCAAAAGCAGGAGUACCAGGAGUGGGUCAUCAAACUGCACCAGGACCUACAGAAAUCCAACAACAGCAGCAAAAUAAACGAGGAGAUUAAGAUGCAGCCCAACCAGCUGUCAGAGCUUGCAGAUUCUGGGGCCAGGAUGUUUGAGGAGCAGCCUCAGCUGGAGGAGAGUUUCACCAUACACCUAGCAGGGGCACAACUGAAGACGAUGCACAACCUGCGGCUGGUCCGGGCGGACGUGCUGGAUUUCUGUAAACACCGGCGGCACGGCAGCAGCGGAGCAAAACUGCGGCGGCUACAGACGGCCCUUUCACUGUACUCCUCCUCACUCUGUGGUCUGGUGCUGUUAGUUGACAACAGGGUCAACUCCUACAGUGGCAUCAAGCGAGACUUUGCAACUGUGGCGAAGGAGUGUACAGACUUCCACUUUCCCUGUCUGGAGGAGCAGCUGGAGGAGGUGCAGCAGGUGGUGCUGUAUGCCAGAGCCCAGCGGAGCAGCAAGCAGAAAGACCAACCGGAGGUUCCAAGGAAUGGAAGUGAUGAUAAGAGCAAGAAUGUUGAACGAAAUCCCUCUAACAUCUUACCAGGUGAGUUCUACAUCUCACGGCACUCCAACCUGUCAGAGGUCCAUGUUGUCUUCCACCUGUGCGUGGACGACAAUGUCCGUUCGGGGAACAUCACGGCACGGGACCCGGCCAUAAUGGGCUUGAGGAACAUCCUGAAGGUGUGCUGUACACAUGACAUCACCACUGUCACUGUCCCUCUGCUGCUGGUCCACGACAUGUCAGAGGAGAUGACCAUACCGUGGUGUCUUAAGCGAGCUGAGCUGGUAUUCAAAUGUGUCAAAGGCUUCAUGAUGGAGAUGGCCUCUUGGGAUGGAGGUAUAUCGCGCACAGUUCAGUUUCUGGUGCCAAAGAGUAUCUCAGAGGAGAUGUUCUACCAGUUGAGCAACAUGCUGCCUCAGAUCUUCCGAGUCUCCUCCACUCUAACUCUCACCUCAAAGCACUGAUGGAUAACAGAGGUGCACCACAUUGCUUCCAUGUGGCAUUCAGACAAACAGAGACACGUUCAUUUUAACAGCAUUGACCAGUUCUAUUUCUUGUUUGUUCUUUUUUUUUCAUGAAGAUGAACGCAGUGGAGAUUUUGUGAAGCGGCACCUAACCCCCAUUCACUUCUUAAAAUUACAUUAAUUACAGAUGUAUGAAAUUGGGGUCAAAUGUUAUGAUGACAUUAUAGCACUUAACAGUAGAAGUGCAAAAAGUUUUUUAAACAAGAAGGAAUGUUUUCAUGCAGUUGAUGAGCCUUGUUAUUUUUGCACCUUACGAAGCUGCACACAUUAUAAAUACUUCUUACUGAAAGAGGACCAGAAUCAGUGGCUCACACACAAAGCAGCUGCUGCAAUUAUUAUUUCAGGCUUCCAGGGUACGGCUCUGGUGACAGAGUUUUAUGACAUCAUGACAUCAGCCGCCAGUGCUGCAAGUAUUCCAGUUUCCUUUUUAAAGCUCCAAUCUGCAACUUUCUUCACAUUUGAGCUACAGCAUAACGUCGCGUUGGUCAAGUUCUUUCAGUUAGCUAGUACACAGUGAAAAUGUCACCAACUGAGCAGAUGACGUGGAUGUGAAAACAAGUAUUGUUUACUAAAAUGAUGGAGUUGGAAUAGGAGUGGCAGUUUUGGACCUGAUUAACAUUUCUCAACCAUGCUUAAUGUGACAUUUGUGGUAUUAUCCCCAUACAUUUCCAUACAGACGGAAAACAUUACAGAACUCAUUUUUAAUUUUCAUGUAUGAAGUCCCUGUGGACAUCAUAUUUCAUCUGUUGAGUGUUCAUGAAUUAGCCAGGAUGGAUGACCACACAGUUCAGCCGUCAUAUGAGAUUUAGCAGUCUAAUCCCAUGGGUAAUAGGCUUCAUAUUUGAGGGUUGGAUCUUCCAGAGAGAAGUGACAUAUACUUGGCUCAACUAGUCCCAAAGACAAAUGGCAUUGCUGCUGAAAUGGGCUAUGUGCAGGUGUUUUUAUACUGCAUUGCAGUGAGUUGUAGGAAGGAUCACUCUCUGUGUGAGAGUGUGCACGUGUGUGGUCCCUCCCCUCUACCUCUGUUAACAGCAGAUGGCACUGUUCCUAAAGACAAAGAUGUGAAAAGGGUGACUACACAGACAUUUACACAUUUAUUAUAAGGGAUAAAGUUUUAAUGAGGGUCUGCUGCCUAUUGAAAUUCAUCUCAAACCAUUUUAGUCGACAUUCACCAUGAGCAAGUACUGCCUCAGUAGUCAUAUCACCACUGGUAAAUGGUUGUUAAAUGUGUUGAAAACUUGAACCUACUAAGAUGUGUAUUCUGUAUAUUCACUGUACAUGUUUACAUUUUUAUGUUUAUUAAAAAAGUUACACACUCA